AUGGCUGUCGCUGGCGGCACACAAGCCCUCAUUGCUACUUUUGCGUUUGGACUUGUCGCUUUGGCGUCUUCCGCUGCGGCAUGUCUCUUCACCUUUGGCAGCCGCUGGCUCACAGGCGAUGCCCCCGUUUCAAAUGGACUGAGGCUGGUCCUCUUAACCUUUCUCCUCUCGUCGACACUUUGGAGCAUCAUGGAUUUUGUGGCAACCCUAAUCACCGGCGAUGGCAAUCCCUCCUGCCAAGUACUCAUCGCCUUUGCCUCUGGCUUUGACCAGAUCGCGCGUCUCGCCUUUGAGCAAUUUCUACUUUGGCGAAUCAAACCAAAGAAGGCCUCGAGUGGCAUUUUUGUUCUGCAGGCCCUGAUUCCUGUGCGCUUCAUAAUGGGUGGUGUAUUUGUCGCCGUUCAGCGUCCGCAAGUUUACCCCGUUUGCGUCGCCAAGAAUAUCCUUGUUCCCCUCGGUAUUGCGACACUAGUCACGGACGCACUAAUCGUCUUUGUCCUCUUGGCGCUCAUUUUCGUAUUCAAAUCACCCGUCCAGUCUCCGAGCCUACAAACUUCCAGUCUUGAACCAGCCAAGAUUUUUACAUUUUUAACGGCCGGCUUUGGAGCGUGGCUCGCUACAAGUAUUCCGAUGAUACUCGGCAUCCAAAUGUUGCCCAUUGCCACCCGAACCGUUGUGCCUUCAAUAGGCCUUCUUGUCUUGAUAGGUCUCGUUGUCUUAUUCAGUGGUCAUCUUCUAAUUAUUGAACCCGAUUCUCCCCUUCCUUCUGCAAGGCCCAACACUUCGAAAGCUCUACCUAGUCGACCAAUUGAAAGCCGCGAUACCGACGUGUCUCCAGAGGUCUUUGACAGGCCGUGGGGUGGACCUCAACCUCACAUUGCUCAUGUUCAAAGGCCCGCCGCUGGGUCCUUUACGAUGCCUAAGUCAGGCUCUAGAGGAGCUGAUAGGGCCCUUCCGAUUAUCGACCGACCAACUCCUGGCCAAACGGAGCGCGGAGUUGGUGGCGUUCCCGUCCAAGGGCAGCUGUUUCCGCCUAUCCGCGCAAAUACAGCUCCGAUUGUACUUCAGAACCCACCAAAGAAGCGACCAAAAGGGAAGCUAGCAAUCUCAAACCCUGUCAUCCGUGAAAGCAGCGCUCUCAAGAUAAGGGAAAAGAUUCCUACUAUAGAUCUUGCCGUGGCUGCAAAGAAUGACCAGGACAGAAGAACUAUGUCAUCCAAGGCGGUGGCUUUGGAUAGAAGUAGCCAAUAUCAGGCUCUAACACGAAACCCUUCAGAAAACAAGGUCAAACGAAAAGAAGUCGCAAGUGCCAGUUAUAUGCCAGCCCUCUUGCCAGAGCGCUCCCGUCUAGCGCCAGACGCCGCGACGACAGCUACACAAGUAUCGCCUGGCGCAGAGGAUCUUCGUCGUCGGUCUCCACGCCCUGCACUGGGCGCACCUGAAGUGGUCAUGUCACCUCCGGCGCGGUCUCUCAGAAGACCUCCCGGGUCAACCGCACAAAUCUCAAAUGAAGUUCCGCCCGCAAUACCACCUCAGAGUCCAUUGAGGAGGAAUCGGCCUGGAAAGUCAGUUCUGCGUGAUACUUCUAGCAUAUUCAUGGAUUCUAGCGUGCCGCCUGCUAUUCCGACGCCUCUCCGGCAAGAAAAUACUAGCUGGUCGAGCGCCAGCGCCGUCAGUCCACUUGUCCCCAGGGUCCAGCCACUGCCGAUGCCAUUUCCCAACCCCCGAUCUGAUGCAGCGCCAUCCAAAACCUACGAAAGUGCAGCUGCCACGACCGCCCGUGCAUCCGUUCUCACUCGCAGUGGUCCAGGAUCUGUGAGGAAAGACAUUCGGCCAUCUAGACAACGACCAGACUCCGCCAACGGGAAGGAGACUGUCCCUGCCAAAACCCCCGUACAACUCAGAGCGGUUGUUGGAAUUCCUCUAAACCCAAGGGCACAGCCAGCGAAAGAUCUCUCAGAUGAUGCUAGGGAGCGAGGCAAAACGAUCAUGUUUUCCAACAAGUCCGAUAUUGACGGAGUUGGUGAACCAAUCUCACGCCAGCUCGUUGCUCUAUCAUUGGCAAACUCUUCUAUUUCCACGGACUCCAUUGUCCAUCGUCCAAGACCGAUACCUCGCAAGUCGUCAAUCUACAAGGCCGACUUUACCAUCAAAGUUUCGCCUACGGUAUAUCGGCAUCGACUGUCUCGGUCGGGCGGCUCUGUCGAGUUGCAGAGGGAAAGUAUGGACUCUGAGUCGGAUACCAUUUCACGGAUUCCAUCUUUCCCAGAGCCACCCAAGAGCGCCGGUGCCGUUUUAGCACUAGGCAAAUAUCACAAGAAGUCUGACAAUGCGAGCAAGGCAGCCACCCCGGGCAGCAUCAAUGAAUCCUCUAGUUCCAGAGCCAGCGUUUCUGCUGACUCGGCCCCAUCCAAUGCUGCAGGCACCGAUCCCAAAACGGCACUGUCAGAAUCUACGGAGUUCGGUAGCAGAACCAGCACGGAACCCGAAUCUGCUUACAACGUUCGGCGGCAGUCUUCCCCAGUGCUUCCAGCCGAAGAGAUGCGGCACGUUUCCAUGGCAGACACUGUGCCUCGAUUUUCAGACGACAACGCGCUAGUGUCGCUGCCGAACAGUGCACGUUCAGGUACAGGCAGUGCCUCACGACAAGAUGAAGAAGAUGACGGCAAAGAGAUUGUUCCUUUGGUUCUAGACACAGAAUCAGAAGGAUCGUUCAGUGCCCAUAGCGCCCAAAGAAAUUCCUUGACGCAGCCGGUCGCAUGGCACCGUCGGGUGGGCGAUGCGUGUCCAACAUUUUCUAAUCGCAGAAAUAGAGGGAAGUCGCUCAAGCGUGUGCUAGCACCCGCUCCUCUUCUGCUCAGCAGAGCUAGCAAGCCGACCAGGAUUGUUGAGUUGCAGACGCCACCACCCCUGGAGUCUCCCCAGCAUGCGCUCGACAUAAUACAGCAGCAGCUAAGACACCUAGAUGAAUCUGACUCAGAAACCGGGGUUGAAGAUAAGCAGCGUCGUAGGCUUUUGGAAAAUCUUGAAGCAGAGAUGGGAGCCCAAGAGACGCACUGGCAAGACAUCCGUCGCAAUCUAGCAAACCGUUCGCCUUCAUCUACCAGAUCCUCCAUGUCGCUGGUACCAAGCGGAGAUUUGCAUCUCACCUCGCCCCAGCCAUCUACAGCGCUGAGGUCGCCUGAUCUAGGCCAAGCAGUAAUAGGCAAGGGUGCGGACCACGCUAGCGCCCCGGAGAACCACACCAUAACCCCGGCUGACGAGAAACCCGAACCUCCACCCAGCGAGCUUACUGAUGGUCGGAGCAAGUCUGGUUUCACCGACGAUGGCUCGGCUCAGGCAGUUGCUAGCGGAGUGGAAAACCGAGCCAAAUUCGGCAAGUCAGCGUCACGCAAUAAAGACGGUCUGCCCGAGGCAGCUAUUACUAACGAUAUAUCUGCCCACCGCCAACUCACAAAUCAACCUACUCCUCCAGAGACAGACGAAUCCGAAGAAGAAAUUGAAAAAGAAGAGGAAUUCGACGCUGCAUUUGCCAGGAACAAUAAUUUCAGCGUCUGGACUCAGCCCGGAUCCGUCAAUCUUGCGGCUGUUGAAAAAGCUCCACUUCCGGUAUCGCACUGGAGUAUCGACUCAGAUACCACGGCGCAAGCCUCUGAAAGUUUGCUGCGGGCACAAAACCGAACAAGGGACUCUGACAGCCCUGUUGGAGUUUCGCCUUUGACUGGGGAACCAGAAGGGACACCAUCCCCGCACAGGAUUUAUAAUAAAGCACUUGUGUCACCCAUCUCGUCACCCGCGUGGCUGCAUCAGGAAAGCCAAAUCUCGCCUGCAGUUUCGGAGCAAAGACAAAGUCCGCGCCGGCCAGUCACGCAAAAGCCGCCACGACGAAGCAAACGGAUUACACUACUUCCCGAUAUCCCUGAAAGUCCGAAGCCUCUUCCUAACAAGCGCGACACUCUUGGCGUUUUUCAGUUUCCCUGGGGAGAAACUUCUGAUAUUGCAACACUCCAACCUCAGCGAUCCUCGGUAUUUUCGGUACCACUUCCCGGAGCGACUCUGAACGAACUUCCUCUGGCCCAGCCGUUUCUGCCUUCGCAAGGACCUGUUUUCCCCUCCCAAGUCUAUCCCGCUUCUUUCUUUGAUCAGUACUCGGACGACGAGCUUCCUGCCCCAGACAGUGACGGCAGCACCGGAGGUUACUCUGACGACGAAGACGAAGCAUUUGACGAGACUACCUUGUGGGAAAUCGCCAAUCUCCUGCGUACAAGCGCUGUCCCUUCCCGCAACAGUCUAUUUCCCGGUUCUGAGGAUUACCGACCACCUUCGCGCGCCGGAUUUGUUUCUGCUGACGAAGCGACCAUCCUGGCAAUCCGACAACUGCCCACCGCCGACCUAGAGGACUCUACCCUCGGCAACACGGACAAGGAACUACCUCCUCUACCACUUUCUGACAAAGCUGUUUGGAAAUCCAACGACAUGUACGCCACCAUCUCAAGAAGCGCCGGCCUCGCCCAGCCUGAUGAAAAGACCUGGAAGCACUACCUCGGUAAGCAAGCUGAGACGCUGCGCGCAGCGCCUCGCAAGUCGGCGCCAGCCAGCAUCACCAGCACCUCUCUCUGGUCUCCCACGCCCAAGAAGGCCGACCCCAUUCAUGAGUCUUUGUUGAAGGGCCUCUGGCAACCCACCAAGGAGGUAUCCGCCACUCCCGCAUCGAGCACCCCCUCGACGCCUUUCCUCGCUUCCCCUUCUUCGCUCGCAGAGUCUAGCAUCAGCGAGAUAUCUGUGCCGGCCAAGGCCACUACAGAAUCACACGGGCUUUGGACACCUCCUACCCCAGUCGCUCGUGUCUUCUUCGGCCUGCCGCAGGACGAUGAGCAAUGGGGCCGUUACACAGCCAAGAAGGCCCAGACAUCGCGCCCCAAGCCCAGACCGUCUGCACAAGACGUCAUUCACAGCACCCGCCUCUGGGCCAGCUCCAAGCCUACCGUAGCUGCCCCCGCCCCUGCCGCCAAACCCGUUCCAUCAUCCCAGCCACUCUGGUCCAAGCCGGCUGCUUUGCCCGCCGAGCAGACCGAGGGUCUCUGGAGCGUUUCACACAUCCGCCACCACUACAAGACCACCGCCGCGCGCCCGGCUGCCUUGGACACGGCCCGCAAGCUACGCAUCGACACGCGUCCACUCGCCGCCCUGCGCUCCGCCUCACUCUGGUCGACGACGACGCAGAUGCCGCCGCGCCAGGUGCCCGACUGGCUGGCGCUCUCGACGACGCUGCGUCCGGUUUCGCCCGGCGGCGCGUCGACGCUCUCGGACCAGGACGACGCCUCGGCCUUUGACACGUACUCGCUGCGCUCCGAGGUCACGGCCGCCAGCUCCGUCGCCACCUCGAAGCAGUCGUCGCACCGCAAGACGGCCUCGAAGCAAGCCGCGCAGGACGAGCUCGACGCGGCCUUUCGCGACGUCAUGCAGACCAAGCCUGUCGUCCCCGAGGCCGUCCCCGAGGAGCAGCAGGAGCAGGAGCAGGAGCAGGAGCAGGAGCAGGAGCAGGAGCAGGAGCAGGAGCAGGAGAAGCCUGAGGAGGAGAAGCUCUUCUUUGACGUGAGCCGACUUCAUCCCGUCUUCGCGGUGGACGUGCUGCAUGUUACCUCGGACAAUGUGCACCCCGCUGCGACGGGCUACCUGCACAGUGUCAUCAACGGCGCUCCCAAGCCUCGACGUCGCUGA